ACAGUUACUGACGCAACUCUAGCAUAUAUUUUAUAAAUGUUGGGUCGCAUAGUUUCCUUUAUAAUGUUUAGUUUGUUUAACAAAUUUCAUUUCACUUUCUACAGGGAAAGGAUGUUUUUUAACAUUGCCAUUUAUAAGAUUUUAAAAUAUUUUAAUUUUUACAAAUACGAAGAAUGUACCCACAAAACCAAGCUAGGCACUAUUAAAGGACACAUAAAGGAAAUUGAAAAUGGAAAAAAAUACUACAGCUUCCAAGGCAUUCCAUAUGGGAAACCCCCCAAUUGGCGAAUUACGUUUUAAGCCCCCUGAACCAGCCGAACCUUGGUCGGGUACCUUUGAUGCGACUAAACCAGGGCAGCAAUGCAUCCAGAAGGAUUAUCUUUUCAAACAAUUAUCAGGGAAUGAAGACUGUCUUAAUCUCAAUAUUUAUACAACUGAGCUUCCACCAGAGCACCAAAAACCUAAACCAGUCAUGGUCUUCAUACAUGGUGGUGGAUUUGUGGUAGGAUCAAAUUCCAAUGACAUUUAUGGCCCAGAAUUUCUUUUAAAAGAAGAUGUUGUUUUGGUUUGCAUUAAUUAUAGAUUGGGAGUGUUGGGCUUCCUGAAACUGGACGACCCAAGUCUAGGCGUUUACGGCAAUAUGGCAUUCAAAGAUAUGGUUUUGGCUUUGAAAUGGGUCCAGGAUAACAUCAAGGACUACAACGGUGAUCCUGAUAACGUAACGAUAUUCGGGGAAAGCGCUGGGUCUGUUUCAGUACAUUUAUUAACACUCUCACCUCUCACAAAAGGACUUUUUCAUAAGGCUAUCGCACAAAGCGGAAGCAGCCUCAACGGAUGGGCGCAAUGUCAAAAAAAUGUCGCCCAACAGUAUGCCAGAUUUACAGGGUGCGAUUCCAAAGAUGAGAAAGUCAUGCUGGAACAUUUCCAAAAGUUGACUCGCGAAGAAAUUUACAGUGGACAACACGAACUAGAUAAGAUUGAUAAGUUUUCCAACAUUGACCGAUACGCUGGCUGGGUGGUAGAGCCCCCAUCUCCAAAUGCAUUUUUAUCCAAACCUCCCGCAGAAAUCAUAGCUUCCGGCGACUAUCACCAUGUACCUUUGAUGAUGGGUUACAAUAAUUGCGAAGGUAUGCUUUAUGAAGGUGUCGUGGCCAAGAAAAACAGACAUAAAUACUGGACCGUACCUGAAAUUAAUGUGCCUGUAGCGUUAGAUUUGGAGGAUGGUUCGGAAGUAAAAAGGGAUCUUGGAGAAAAAAUUGUGAAGUUUUAUCUAGGCGAAGGGCCGUAUUCCAUCGAGAAACAUUUGUUGGAUCUAUAUGACUUGAUGUCUGACAAUUGCUUUAGUUGGGGUAUUUAUCAAGCUGCUAGAAAUCAUGCAAAACAUAAUACAACACCUGUUUAUCUAUACAGAUUUUCCUACGAAAGUCAUUUGAAUAUGUACAAGCAUUUAAACAAGAUCACUGCUCCAGGAGUAUCUCAUGCUGACGACCUGGGGUAUCUUUUUAACACCAUAUUUAGGUUAAAAAUAAAACCUGGGAGCUUGGAAGAUACAGCUCAAAAAACGGUUUGUAGGUUGUGGGCGAAUUUUGCCAGGCAUGGCAAUCCCACCCCAAAUUCCGAUGAUUUAUUGAAUGUUAAAUGGUUGCCUGUUGAAAAUGAUGUCGUCAAUUUCUUAGACAUCGGCGAGGAACUUCAACCGUUGGCCAAUCCAGAACAGGAACGGUUCGAGUUUUGGAAUACUAUAUACAGGACGCAUCCCACAACUGCCAAAUUAAUAUAGAAAUGUUAUAUGGGUAUUUUUUUAAGUUUUAAAAAUGACUCCC